CUAAAAACUUCUCCUAUAAAUUCAACCAUUCUUGCACCAAAAUCAAACACACACAAAGUUAAACCAUGGGGAGGGUAAUUCUUAUCAGAAACUUGUGCAUUGUGGUCCUGGCAUUUCUUACAGCUGAAGUGAAUUCCCAGAGUGCUUCUAAUGUGAGAGCAACCUACCAUUACUACAAUCCUGCACAAAAUGGGUGGGACUUGAAUGCUGUGAGCGCUUAUUGUGCUACUUGGGAUGCCGACAAGCCUCUCGCAUGGCGCCAGAAGUAUGGAUGGACCGCCUUCUGCGGACCAGUGGGACCUCAAGGACAAGCUGCCUGCGGCAAAUGCUUAAGGGUGACUAAUACAGGAACAGGAGAUCAACAGACGGUGAGAAUAGUUGAUCAGUGUAGCAACGGAGGGUUGGACUUGGACUACGAAGGCGUUUUCCGGCCGCUAGACACCGAUGGAAGAGGGUAUGCUCAAGGCAACCUUAUUGUCAACUACGAUUUUGUAGAUUGUGGUGAUUAAACCAAUCGGUUCCAUUAAAUAUAACUCCCAUAUUAUCAUGUAUAAGAGUAAAAAUUAGCUAUUAUUAAUAAGAUUGCAGAAAAUAAAUGUUCCCUGAAUAAUAACAAACUUGGCUGAUUGUAAUCGCAAGGUCUUCGGUGAAAGUAAAUAUAUACGUAAAGACCUCAUCAUAUCCAUUUGUUUUUUCUUCUUUUUA